AUGGAUUCCUUCAAUCAAUCCAGUUCUCUCCCUUCGGAGAUGUUCCUGAAGGGUUAUAUUGCCCUUGGUGGUACAUCGGCUGUCAUCGGGACAUCUGCCCUUGCGAUAUUUGUUACGGCCUUGCUGUUCACCAAUAAGUCGGUGCUAGGGACUAUUAUGAACUUCUUCUUGAAUUUGAGGUACCAAUAUCCCAGAGUUGACGGAAAGGGCUACAUGAAGGGGCCAGGCUACAUUUUUCCCAAUGGCCAAAUGACCGAAAAAUUUCUUAAUGCCGCUCAGAAAAGUAAGGAAUGGGAAGAGGAAAAUGGAUCAGUCUAUCGUGUUUGGGCAGGGACAGUCCCAGAAGUAGUUAUCACACAAUCUGCAGACGUGGAAAGGCUCUACCAGCAAUCUAACGACCAUAACAAAGCUCACCAAGCAAACGCGGGCUGGUUGUUGACCCAACUCCUAGGCUCAGGUCUUGGACUUAUCAAUGGAACUCGGUGGACGAAUCUCCGCAAAAAGCUCGACCCGAUGUUCUCACAUCGAACAUCUAUGCAGCUUCUUCAUGAAACUUUCAAUUCUACCGCUGAAGACCAUGUCAUCAACCUGAACCAGUAUGCUGUGACACAACCACAAGAAAAGAAUGAUGAAAAGGGUUUUAUCAUCAAUGCCACGCAGGCUGUGCAGAGAUAUCCUUUCUUUGAAGUCGCGCAGAUGUUCUAUGGCAAGAUGACCAAGGAUGAGAAAGAGAAAUUGUGGGAACUUGGCAAACUUUAUUCACAAGUCUUUGGAUCCAUCGUGUUUGGAGGUAUUCAUCGUACCAAAUGGACAAAGUACAUCAACACCAAAGCUUACCAGAGCGCGAAAGAGUAUCAGAAGCAGUUCCGACAUUUCAACAUGGACAUGUACAACUCAAGGAAAGUGGAUGCUCCGACAACGCCCAUUGUGACUCUGAUCGAUGCUGCUAAGAGAGGAGAAUUGACGGAGAAGGAGGUGACUGAUACUAUUGCCGAGUCUUCAUUCGCAAACCUGGACAUUGUUACCCAGGUCAUUUCGUCCUGUAUUAUUCUUUUGGCGGACGCCCCAGCCGUCCAAGCUGAUCUACUUGCGGAGAUUCGGAAGAAUAAGGAUGACCAUGAAAAUUACAUCGCGAGGAAAGAUACCUUGAUUCAUUAUUGUCUGUUGGAGGCUCUUCGUCUUCGUCCUGUCCUUGCAUUCACCUUCCCAGAAAACCCCCCAAGAGAAAAAAGGCUGGGUGACUUUAUCGUUCCCAAAGAUACCACAGUCAUUGUGGACGCAUUUGCAAUCAACAUCCGUAACCCCUUUUGGGGACCGGACAAUCGUUCAUAUCGACCGAGACGUUUCGAGUCGAUCAAGCCAAACCAGCUCCGUUAUAACCUCUCAACCUUCGGUUACGGUCCCAGAAAAUGCCUGGGUCAGUAUAUUGCCGAUAAAAUCAUUAAAUCUCUUGUAUUUCACUUGUUCUACAAGUACGAGGUUUCUUUGAAUCUAGGCCAGGAUGACAAAGGUGAUUUCAAGGUUGAUAAGACUAGUUGGGUGGGCUUGUAUGACCUUGAAUUGAAACUGGUGGCGAGGUAAAUUAAGUGGAAGAUAUUUGUUCACUUUACUCAGAACGAAAGAUGAAGGAUAGGAACAAACCACUUCAGACUCGGAG